UCGCCUUGGGUGCCUUGUUUGGAAAGGCGUAUGCCUAAGGUACAUUUUUUUUUCCCACUUAAAUAAUUGUAGUGUUUUAAAGUGGUGUGGUGCAGGUUUUAAAGUGGUGUGAGAUGCAUGGAAUCACUCUUUAAGUGAGCCAAAAAAAAAAAAGAAAGAGAAAGAAAAAUUGCAUGUUUCUCUCUCUCUCGAUUAUGUGCUCCAGCCUCGAAGUUUCAAACCUAAACCUAAAGAAGAAAUUUGCGCUGGAUUCAAUGACUUGUAUCGAUUGAGAAGUUGGACUUGGCAUUCGGCUUUCAGGUUACAGCUCAAAACAAUUGAAGGGAUCACCCUCAAUACAAGUCCUUUCACCUUCAAACUUUGGGGCUAGAAUCACCUCACUAAGGUGACCCAGCUGCAGGGUUUUCGUGACCAGAAACAGCUUCUGCUGUGAGCUAUUACUCCAUGACCAGAUCCUUCAUACGCUCAGCAUGUCAGUUCGGUACUAGUGGAUCAGAAAGAUAGGUCAGGUCAGCUGCAGCUGCAAGGCCUCCUGUAGAUUCACUGUUGGCAGAUCGAGAUUGAGAGUCAAUAGCAACGAAGUGGUUUCACCUGAGGUAGAUCCAUCCAGUCGAAGAUCCGAAUCCAUCUUGACCAGUCUCCCUUCCCUGAUCAAGGGCCCAGUUCUGUAGACAUAGGCCAUUGAAUAUCCAAUUGAUGUCGAUUCGGUUGACCGAGCAGAACUGGAAGAAUAGGAAGUUCGAAAGCAAGAUCAUACCUUGUGCUGAUGAGGCAAACCAAAGGUGUGAGCCGGAACACUGCUCAUUGCUAGAUCUGAGUUGCAGGCGCAACAGCUCUCUUUUACUUGCUGUUUGGGGUGUUUAACCCUUGGGAUCAAGAGGCCAUAAGGAGUACAAGUUUUGUCUGGAAGUUCAGGCCAAGCCGUGGCCUAUCAAAGGAGUUCCAUCAACCUGAAAUUUUCCUUUCUUUGCUGGAUUUGUUUGUGACUGGAGGUUAAAGAGCCAAAAUCCAGAUCGUGGGUUUCGCUUACAAACCCCCUUAUUUUCUGAUUUCCAAAGGACCGCAUAGUGAAAUGACUGGACAAAUUCUUCAAAUUAUGGGUUCAUCCUAAAUCCUGUUCUUCCAGGCUGAUUUGAACUCCAGGUAUAUCAACCAUGGGAUAGGGUAAGAGAUGGACUAUCUGAAAGACAUGGAUAUGGAAUGAAAGAAGAAAGAAGAAACCUGAAAUAGUGAAAUUCUAGUCAUCAAACAAGGAGGAAAAGAAGAAACCUUUCGGCUUUGCGGCACAGAACAACUGUGAAUAUAUAUGAAGCAGGCAGAAGUUAAUAGGUGCCAGAUCCAUGAAUGGUACCCAAAAUUCAAAUCUGUCUCCAUCAAAACCUUAAUUCAUGAGCUUCCAGAGACCUUUGUGUGUUACCUUCUUGAGGAAUCUGGACCUUUUAUCCUUCCUCAAUCUGUUUCUGGUGAUGAUGCCCUGCCGCAGAGAAUCCACAAUCCGGACGAAGAGGAAGAUUAUGAAGUAUCAGAAGGGUCUGGAGAUGAAUCAGAAAGACCCCCACCUGCACCUUGCUUUCCAGAACUUGAGUUGAAGAUCAAAGAAUCCAUCAAGGCCUUUGGUGGAGCUGUCUUCCCUAAGCUGAAUUGGAGUGCACCGAAGGACUCUGCUUGGAUUACCACGACAGGGACACUCCGUUGUACUUCAUUUAGUGAGAUUGCACUCGUUUUACGGUCUUCUGAUUCUUUGAUUCAUGAUCUUUGCCAUGCUUAUGAUUCAUGCUCUGAUAAGACAUCCUCAAGACCCACAACGUUCUUUCUUGCGCUUCGUAAGUGGUAUCCAUCCCUCCUCCCUGAGAUGGAAUUCCGUUGCUUUGUUAGAGAUCAUCGACUUAUUGGUAUCUCCCAGCAUGAGGUCACAGUUUUCUAUCCCGUUCUUCAGGAGAAGAAACAUGAGCUUGAAGUGUUGGUCUCUGAAUUUUUUAGGGACAAUGUGCAGCCAAGAUUUGAAUCGGAGAAUUACACAUUCGAUGUUUAUGUGACGAGGGAUCGGAGGGUUAAGCUUAUGGAUUUUAAUCCUUGGGGUGCUUUCACUUUGCCACUGCUAUUCAGUUGGGAGGAAUUGGAGGACAGUGUUGGGCAGGAGGGGGAUUAUAUUGAGUUUAGGAUUAUAGAGAGUAGAUGUACGGUUCGGCCAGGUCUGAAGACAGCAGUUCCUUAUGAUUACUUGGAUACAAGCUCAGGGAGUGGAUGGGAUCAGUUCUUGAGGAACGCGGAUGAGGAAGCACGUAGUCAAGCUCACUGUCCAGAAGCUGGGGCUUAAGGUUUUGUUUGCUUCAACCAGCAACAUCAGUUUUGCAGUUCAUGGAUCUUCCAAGUCCUCCCCCCCCCCCCCCCCCCCCCAAAAAAAAAAAA